GCAGGCGGAAGGGCGCGGAGGAGGUGACGUGAUAGGCCGGCGCCGGCGUCGGCGUCGCGGCAGCCGCUUCAGAGGAAGCUCGGCGGCUGUGGCCGCAGCGAGCAGGCCGGACGCCUCUUCGCUGGCGGGGCUUCCCCUGGGGCUGACGAAGGCGGGGCCCGCGGUCCAGGCUGCUGCCGCGUCGGGGCCGGUGGCGGGGCAGCUGCCAGGAACGAGGGUCACAGCUGCAUCCAGAUCUCAUUAUGCAUCAGGAAAAUGAAAAAACAGAGGAAAAUUCUAUGGAGGAAAGGAAUCCACUUGGCCUUUUCUGAGAAAUGGAAUACUGGGUUUGGAGGCUUUAAGAAGUUUUAUUUUCACCAACACUUGUGCAUUCUGAAAGCUAAGCUGGGAAGGCCAAUUACUAGGAAUAGACAGUUGAGACAUUUCCAGGGUGGAAAGAAAGCCCUUCAGAUCCAGAAAACGUGGGUCAAGGAUGAACCCCCUUGUGCUAAGACCAAGUUCGGUGUGCCUACUCCACAUGCUAGCACUCUGUCCUCUCCAGUGAAAAGAAAGGACACUAAACACUUCAUUUCCUCCUCAAGGACUCUCCUGAGACUCGAAGCAGAGAAGUUGUUGUCAUCAGCAAAGAAUUCUGACCAUGAAUACUGCAGAGAGAAAAAUCUCUUGAAGACAGUUACUGACUUUCCAUCCAAUAGUGCUUUAGGUCAGGCCAGUGGUCACAGACCUAGGACAGACCCACAGGCUUCUGACUUUCCCAUGAAGUUCAAUGGGGAGAGCCAAAGUCCAGGGGAGAGUGGCGCGAUUGUGGUCACCUUGAGCAACCACAAGAGAAAGGGCUUUUGUUACGGCUGCUGCCAAGGGCCGGAGCACCACAGGAAUGGGAGACCCUUGACUCCAAAGCAGUUCCAACUUAACCAACAUAGAAGAAUCAAAUUAUCUCCUCUUAUGAUGUAUGAGAAAUUAUCCAUGAUUAGAUUUCGGUACAGGAUUCUCAGAUCCCAGCACUUCAGAACCAAAAGCAAAGUUUGCAAGCUAAGAAAAGCCCAGCGAAGCUGGGUACAGAAGGUCACUGGGGACCAUCAAGAGACCCUUAGGGAGAACGGUGAGGGUGGCAGUGGCAGCCCAUUUCCUUCCCCAGAACCUAAAGACCCUUCUUGUCGGCAUCAGCCGUACUUUCCAGAUAUGGACAGCAGUGCUGUGGUGAAGGGGACGAACUCUCAUGUGCCUGAUGGCCACACUAAAGGAAGCCCUUUCUUGGGCAAAGAGCUUAGUUUAGACGAAGCAUUCCCUGACCAACAGAAUGGCAGUGCCACCCACGCCUGGGACCAGUCAUCCUGUGCUUCUCCUAAGUGGGAGUGUACAGAGCCGAUUCAUGACAUCCCCUUACCAGAACAUCAUUCUAAUACCAUGUUCAUUUCAGAAACUGAAAAAGAAAUUACGACUCUGGGUCAGGAAAAUCGGACAAGUUCUGUUAGUGAUGACGGAGUAAAACUAUCAGUGUCUGGAGCAGAGACAUCUGUGAGUAGUGUAGAUGAGCCUGUGUCCCAAAAGGCUCUUCACAAUGAGAACUCAUACCAGAUGGAGGAGGAUGGAUCUCUCAAGCAGAACAUUCUUAGUUCUGAGUUGCUGGACCACCCUUACUGUAAAAGUCCUCUGGAGGCUCCCCUGGUGUGCAGUGGACUCAAACUAGAAAAUCAAGUAGGAGGUGGAAAGGACAGUCAGAAAGCCUCUCCAGUGGAUGACCAACAGCUGUCGGUCUGUCUGUCUGGAUUCCUAGAUGAGGUUAUGAAGAAGUAUGGCAGUUUGGUUCCACUCAGUGAAAAAGAAGUCCUUGGAAGAUUAAAAGAUGUGUUUAAUGAAGACUUUUCUAAUAGAAAACCAUUUAUCAAUAGAGAAAUAACAAACUAUCGGGCCAGACAUCAAAAAUGUAACUUCCGUAUCUUCUAUAAUAAACACAUGCUGGAUAUGGAUGACCUGGCGACUCUGGAUGGUCAGAACUGGCUGAAUGACCAGGUCAUUAAUAUGUACGGUGAGCUGAUAAUGGAUGCGGUCCCAGACAAAGUUCACUUCUUCAACAGCUUUUUUCAUAGACAGCUGGUAACCAAAGGAUAUAAUGGAGUAAAAAGAUGGACUAAAAAGGUGGAUUUGUUUAAAAAGAGCCUUCUGUUGAUUCCUAUUCACCUGGAAGUCCACUGGUCUCUCAUUACUGUGACACUCUCUAAUCGAAUUAUUUCAUUUUAUGAUUCCCAAGGCAUUCAUUUUAAGUUUUGUGUAGAGAAUAUAAGAAAGUAUUUGCUGACUGAAGCCAGAGAAAAAAAUAGACCUGAAUUUCUUCAGGGUUGGCAGACUGCUGUUACGAAGUACUGCAAGUGCCUCGCCUUAGAGCAGCCUUUCCAGUUCUCACAAGAAGACAUGCCCCGAGUGCGGAAGAGGAUUUACAAGGAGCUGUGUGAGUGCCGGCUCAUGGACUGAAACUCCGCCGGGACCCUGGGAAGUCUGACCAAGUUGGAGCAGGUGGUUUGUUACUUGAAUCUCCAAACACUUAGUUGAAUUUUUACAGAUAUUUCAGAUCAGUGGUGUUGGGCCACUAUUGUUACCUCAAAUUUAUUUUUUGCCCUUAUUCAUUUCUCCAGCUACCAUGUACUAUUGUUUAAUGUUCAGUUUGGUUUCAUUUUUAAUUUUAUGGUUCUGUGCGUCCCCCAUAUUUAAUAUUUAUUAUUCAAACGCAUGCAUAUAGACAGAGCAUGCAGUGAAGAGUAUUAAAAAAAAAAGCUUAGUAGAUUUGGUGCAGCUUUUGAAACUUAGUUAGACGUGAACUGAAUACAGGUUUCAGAUUUACUCCCAGAACCUAAAAAUGCAAGAUGUUUUUGAUACAACAUACGCUGAGAAUAGUAAGUGUUCCCUGGGGCAUUAAGGGUAGCUGGGGGUGGUUUUGACAACUCCAGUCCUGUUUUACUUUACCAGUGGCACCUUUCACCCACUUCCCUCUCCAAGUGAGUCUUAGAGAGUGCGGUCCGUUCCUUCAGAAGGGUGAGAUGCACGUGGCUGUAGACUGACUGGUGUCUUCUGGUUCUGGAGGCACACUUGUAAGCACAGCGGCUGCUUUGGGAAGAGUAAGGUAUGAGAAAAGGACGGCAACCUUGGAGGCCAGUAACAAUGACAGAUUUCACUCGUGGUGUCAAGAAUUGUAAUACGUGGCGUACAUCUCAUAAAGGCUUUUGCUGGGAUAUUGAAUUCCCUGAAUUUUUCUGCUUUCCACCUUUUAAAAAAAUCUUAACAUCCAUCAGACCAGUGGUCAGACAAAUGAGAAUGCAGCUGUUUUCACAGUAAUUUUUAAGUUGUCAUUUCCCUGUGUUGCCUCCCAGUUGGAAGAAGUUAAGGUUUACCAAAUGCAUUUCUAUUUCAAGGGUAUCUGAAAUUUAGACAUUCAAAACUGAAGGCCGACUGACUUUAGAUGUUUUGCAGGUGACUGCAGAGAAGAGGGAGGGUAAUAGAGACAACUUAGCCCCAUGGGAGCACAGCAACCGUGUCAGGUUCUUCUGGUCCCUUUAGUGACCUCAGCAUGCAGGGCACAUGUGGCUUCUGCGUGGCCAGUGCUGAUGACACUAGCACGGUUGUUUUUCUCCUUCCAUUGAACCUCAGCUUCUGAAGAAAGGCUCAAGAGGCCCUUGUCCAUACACUUAGCUGCGUUAGGAUUAAUGUCACGCAUCUUACAUCUUUAAUCCAGCCUUUCGUGACAUAUUGGAAAGAUGUAUGUUAAACCUACCCAAUGAUCCUUUCAGAAUCGGGAGGAAAAACAACCCAUGUUGUUUUUUCAAACUCAGAAGUUUGAAUAGAAAAACAAGUAAAUGGCAGAAGAUUCUCGAAUUUAUGCCUGCGUAGGUUUGGAGUAUUGAAAAAGCUAAAAUGUUGAGUUUCACUUGGCCCUAAGGUAAGGCGGAGAGAAGGCUGACUGCCAGCAGGUGAGGACUGAGUCCAGCCAUGUUUACAUGCAGGGUUCCCAGACACCAGCGGUGACACUGGGAAGCAGCCCCAGCACUUUCCUCUCCUGAGUCCUCCAGACUCACAACCCUUAAUGUCAAACCAGGUCAGUGUUUCUUACUGUGUUUCAAGUCGUUAAAAAGACUGAGAGUGGAGGCACUUUAUGCUGCUAUAGGUGGGGUUCUGUCAGCGUUAGGAAAAAUGACAGUUGAGGGUAAGGAAGAGCUCUUCAUGAGUUUUUCAAACAUAAUUAUGCAAACAUGAGAUUUUUCAAAACAUAUACCAGACAUUUGCCUCAUUUUUUUUUUUUUUUGGUGGGGGUGCAGUAUACCAAAGUAGCCAGUCAGCCAGUCACUGGGCUGUCAGUUCACAAUGUCUUGUACUUCAGAGUGAGGAAGUAUUUCAGUUCCUCAUUGACAGAACCUGGCAUGCAGAAGAGACAGAAUUGUUCCUGUGAGAAAAUCAGUGCCCAGUGUGAGCUGCCCAAGCCCAGUGACUCCUUCACUUCCAGUCUGAUGCUUCAUAGGGCACCUUGUGGCGUGCUGCCCGGCGUGGCUUAGACUAAACGUUGUUUGUGUUUUUUUUGAGUCAGGGUCUCACUGUCCCUCAGGCUGGAAUGCAAUGGCAUGGUCUCGGCUCACUGCAACCUCCACCUCCCAGGUUCAAGCGAUUCUCCUGCCUCAGCCUCCCAAGUAGCUGGGAUUACAGGUGUAUGGCACCACACCCCACCAGUUUUUGUAUUUUUAGUAGAGACAGGGUUUCGCCAUGUUGGUCAGGCUGGUCUUGAAUUCCUGACCUCAAGUGAUCUGCCCACCUGGGCCUCCCAAAGUGCUGGGAUUACAGGCGUGAGCCACCGCGCCUGGCCAAUGUUGAGUAUUUUAAAAGUCAUUUAAAAAUAUUUGUCAUCGAUGAAACUUGGUUUCAGCACACAUAAUUGCUUUCCCUCUCUUCCUGUAAUUAGGUGUAAACCUCUAUAACUCAAGUCCUAGAUUAGAAUGUCCUUUGUCCUGAUGUUUGCAGUAAUUGCUUCCUUGGUUAAUAAAGACAUUUUUGAAAUAUACCCUGGACUGUUGGUGAAAAGAGGCAGGCGUGGCUUUAGUGGUACUAGUUUGGCACUGAACUGUUUGGGUGCCCAUGAGGUAGGCAGACCUUAUGCUUUUUUUUUUAUUUUUGAGAUGGAGUCGUGCUCUGUUGCCCAGGCUGGAGUGCAGUGAUGCGAUCUCGGCUCACUGCAACCUCUGCCUCCGAGGCUCAAGCGAUUCUCCUGCCUCAGCCUCCCCAACAGCUGGGACUACAGGUGUGUCCUGUAAUUUCUGUAGUUUUUUAGAGACCCGGCUAAUUUUUAUAUUUUUAGCAGAGAUGGAGUUUCGCCAUGUUGGUCAGGCUGGUCUCGAACUCCUGACCUCAGGUGAUCCACCAGCCUCUGCCUCACAAAGUGCUGGGAUUACAGGCAUAAGCCGCCAUGCCCGGCCUAGACCUUAUGCUUUUGAGGUUGAGUGCAGGCCUUGUGCUAAGUUAAGUGCUACUUUUGACGAGCCUUCGACAAGCGGCCCAGUCCUCUCCUCAGCAAACUUAUCAGGUUGUAGUUGCUUUACAGUGGUCUUUCCUUUUAUUGGCUCUAUAGCAAUGAAUAUAGAUUUGAUUCAACUUUUGGUUAUGUUCUCUCAAUCCCAAUCAACUUUCAGUUAGUCUCUUAAGAAAGGGAAAAGAAGGUGCUGCCAAUCAUCCCCAAAUUGUUUUUGGCUUUGCAUUCUAUUUUCUACAUAGCACUGAAUCUGAGUAACACAGUCAUUCUGGAUUUAUAGUUGGAACAGAACAGUAACAGACCUAACUGGGACUCAGCCAGCACUAGCCUCAUCUUAGCUGCCCCUUUUCUCUGCAUUGCAGUUUACUGCUUCCCUGGGCUAGACGUAACUGGGGGUUUUGGGCAGGUCAGACUCUUCAGGCAAGACAGUGUAUUAGUAGUGUGAAUUUGAUAUACUGAUUACCUGCUUUGCCUAGUUAAGAAACUGAAUUAAUCAGCAGUUAUAAAGCAUAUACUUUGUUAUGUGCUAGGCCUGGCCUAUAGAUAAUUAAGACGGUCCGGGGAAUACCAUCAGAGGAGUGCUAAUUGUAUUUGGGUGUUACAAAGCAGACCUAGAUAAGCUGUUCACUUAACUGGUACCUAUUGGGUCAGAAAAAGAAUUUAUUUAGAGAUUAUGAUCAUGUAAAAUUACAGUACUCAACCCUUCUAGCAAAGUAUUUUUUUGAAAAAUAAACUAAAUGCCUUUAUAAA